UUUGUUUUGCUAUAAAAGAAAGUUUAAAAGCUUUACCCAGAGAGUGGGGUCUUAUAUCGAGAAAGAUGAUGAACAAAAUUGUUUUUGCCUUGCUUUUUAUUUUUAUUAUUUGUGUUCAUGAAGGAGUUCUAACGCAAACAUCUGCAUCUGGUGGAGCAGCUAGUGGUGGAUCAAGCGGUAGUGGAUCAAGCGGUGGGAGUGGAUCUGGUGGGAGUGGAUCUAGCAGUGGUGGAACAGGCGGUACAGGAACUGGUGGAGGUAGUUCUAGUGGCGGUGGAGGAUCAGGCGGAGGUGGGAGCGGAUCUGGUGGUGGCGGAGGAGGCUCAAGUGUUAUAACCGGAAAUGGCGUAUUGACAUUAUGUGCCCUUAUUGUUUUUGCUGUGAUUUUAAAACUCAGAUAGUGGGCAUAUAGCGGAUUAUAUACAUUGGAAACAUCAGUACAUGUAGAGAGACAUUUCAGAGUAAUUAAGGUCAUAGAUAGUAUUCAAUCCAGUGUUUCUCUAAUUUAAUCAUGCUUAAUAUAGUGCUUUUUCUCUAGAGUCUUAAACAUUAAUAUAUUGUAUUUAAAUCAUAAUUUGCAUAAUCAACUUCCUAGCUUUAAAGCAGUUUUCAACUACCAUGAUCAAGAAAAUUUAUACAGCUGAUAAAAAAGCUUUAUACUGUUUGCAAGAUUUUGUCAAAUUUUGAAAACAACUUUUCAA